AUGCCAGAAGUGCUCGUAUUUGCACUAUUGCAUUCCUUCGGGUCGGCGUGGCAGAUGGCGGAAGAAGCGAAAGAAGCCGAAGGCUGCGUGACAGACUUCUCGUGCGUUUCGAAGGCCCACGCGUCUCAUCUUGAAUUUGUUUCUGAGUCUUUUAAUUCUGUUUUGAACUUCUUUAAAGGGCCCCUUGCCCGCGUUCUUGGGUGCCGCGAUCUGACAGGGAAACAUCCAGCCAGUACUGCGACGCGCCCAAGGUACUGCGAAACGUCGAAGUCUUUUGAAUUUUACCCGGAAAGCGCGCACAGUGGCCCUGCAAGGGCGAUGAGAUCCACUCUUGCCCCUCGGGCUCUCGCGACUACUCCUGGCCUUGCCCCCAGGGCUUUGGACUGCGGCCAGACGGGGAGACUUGCGAGGCUGGUGAGGAGUGAAGGCCCCUCCUUUAGUCUGCGCAAAACUCAACAAAUGGCGGCUGCAGCUCUCGGAAACUAUUCUGGAAUUUGUCCUUUAGUGGCGAACUUCAGCGGCUUCAGCGAGGCCGCGAAGCGCUCUUGGAGUUACUUCACCAAAGACAUGAAACGCUCCUUCGAACACUCCUGCCAAGCCCACUUCCCCUGCGAGAACACCUGCGAAAAGGAAUACGCAGAUCCCUGUCCCAAGGGCAAGCAUGCAGAGUCUGGCUUUUAG